AUGUAAUAACCUCCUUUAAUUGAUGAAGAACAUAGUUUUGAAAUAUGUAAUUAGAGGUACUGAGUUCUACCAGCCUAGGUUGCAUCUGUGGGAGCUUGGUGCAGCAUUGUGGUUUGAAUUUAUUUCUCUGGCGGUGUUGGCUCAAGUAGAAGACGAUGUGGGGUGGCCCUCGGUUUGGCCCAAGAGGCACUCCUUUUCGUGGAAACCUCCAAGGUCCAAGAUUUGCUCCUCCCUGGAGGGAAGAGACGCAUGAUGGUCCAGCGGGUCCUUUUCCGAAGUUUGGAGGAAGAGCUGUAAUACAUCAAAGCAUGAAUCCUCAAAUGGGCUUCAGACCAAUGGACAGGCCACCUUUGGACAUCAGAGGCAGAGAUGGUCACCCACCUGACAUGAGGGGGAGAGAUUUGGAACCUAUAGACAUAAGAGGAAGAGAUGCCCACUUUAGGGACUUCCGGGCAAGAGAUACUCUGCCGAUGGAUAACAGGGGAAGGUUUGAUUUGCCUGUGGAAAUGAGAGAAAGAGAUGCACUUCAAGAUUUUAGUGGGAGAGGUGGGCAUGAUUUAGGUAUUAGAGGAAGAGAUGGAGAUGCUGUGGGUUUAAGAGGAUUUGGUGACCCUCUUAUAGAUGUAAGAAAAAGAGAAAGACUUCCCAUGGAUAUUAGAGGAAGAGAUGGGCUCCCUGUAGAUACAAGGAGAAGGCUUCCAUUGGACAUUUUGGGAUGUGAAAGACGUUCAUUGAACAUGAGGGAAAGAGAGGAGAGUAACAUGGACUUAAGGGAAAGAUUUAGGCACCCCAUGGGGGUUGAGGAUAUAGAUGGCUUAAGUAUGGAUUUGGAAGCGAGGGAUGGAGCUUCUAUGGCCUUUGGGAGGAGAGGCAUGCCUCCAGUAGCUAUCAGAGGGAGGUAUGGAUCUGACAUGGACUUCAGAAGCAGAGCUAGACCUUCAAUUGAUUUGAGAGGUGGUGCUGAAUCUCUUGUGCAUUUCAUGGGAAACGAUGGAGUCCCGCCAGAUGUUAGAGGAAGGGAUGUUUUGUCUUCUGAUUUUGGGGGGUGGAAAGGACCUUCUAAGUUCAGAGGUGGUGAGGGAAGUAAUAAACGUGACUUCAGAGAAAGAGGAGAACCACCUUUCAGAAGCAGAGAAGAGCCACAACAGGACAACUGGCGCUCAGCAGGUUUUGGAGAGAGUGAUGAUUUUCCAGUAGAUAUGCACCAGAAGGACAUUGGUGCUUUGGAAUCAAAAGAACGAGAGAGACUUCCCCUAGCCAGAGAAAGCUUGGACUUCCGAGUAAGGGAGAGGAUUCCUGGUGAUUUCCCAGAAAGCUCUGAAUUCAGAGGGAGGGAGAGUAAUCCUGUUGAAGAUUCCUUUGGUUUCCAGACACAGGGAAGAGAGCCACUGGAUUCCCAAGACUGGAAGAGAAACUCCUCCUUGGAUCCAUUGAGCUUUGGAGGCAGAGAAGCAACACUACACAGGUCUAGGACUGGAGAGGACCUGCAAGGUAGGCCAGGAGACCAAAAUGAGGGUGCAUCAUUCAGGGAUGGCCAUUUGUAUAACAAGGACACUGAUUCUCUCCCAGGGGGAAACCACUCGGCCCUUGACGAACAUGAAAGCGAGGCACCCCUCGUUGCCUUCCCAGGGUCUGAGGAACCUUCAGCAGGACCCCAAGAAGAGAAAGCUGCAGAGCUGACCGUGGACUUUCCAGGAAAAAAAGAUAGUGACUACAAGGACCAAGACUACAGAGAUAGUGAUUACAGGGUCACUUCCGGUCAGACCUUUGACUACGGCCAUGGGAAUCUGUCGUUGGAGGAGCCGCCAAAAAAACCUGAGCAACCUCCAGCCCCAAGUUCAAGUGACUUCAGCUUUCAAGACCAGGACUACAGAAGUGGCUCUAUUAAAGAGAAGGUCUCCAGCAUCAUUUCUGUUAAAGGGAUUUGUAAAAAUGCCACAGCGGAACAGAUUCUCUCUGCAUUCACUUACACCAAUGGAAUUCGACCACAAGGAAUGAAAAUAAAGGACAUUGUGCCAGGUUACAGCUACGAUACCGCCUUUGUGGAGUUUUUAAACCUGGAGGAUGCAGUCCGCUUCAUGGAGUCCAACCAGAGAACCCUGAAGAUUGGCGGAAGGGCAGUGUCUAUGCAUUACACUCAGCCAGACUGGAACAGCAAAGAUUCAGGUACAUCUCUCUCUGAACAGGGGGCUCCUCAGGAUUCUCAGCCUACCCCAGCGUCUGCCCCUACAUGGACAUCUACCCAAUUAGAUCCGGUCUUUCAGGAGAGCAAAACCAUGAUCAUUAAACACCUGUGGCCCACCACCACAGUGGAGCAUGUUCUGAAGGCGCUGGACCCUUUUGCCUACCUUGAUGAACGGAAUGUCCGUUUAAUGAAACGCAAACCAGGCGUGGGGACCAAAUGUUUGUGCUUUGUAGACAUGGACUCGCAUCAGGAGGUGACCCGUCUUGUGGACAUCCUGCGGAACCUCUCGGUGCCUUUUAUGAUCAAUGGCUCUCGGGUCCACGUGGAGAUAGCCAGGCCUUUGAAAAACCACAGUUUUAAGAAAGAUUUUGAAAAAGAUUCUGUGCCAUCCAACUUGGGACACCAUGAUCCCAAUAAGCAGGGUCAGCAGCCCCAUUCCCUUGCUGAAGAGAUGUGGACCUCUGCCACAGUGCAAGAAGACUCCACCAUGCUUGAGACCCAAGUGCCGUCUGAGGCAUUGUAUGUUGGACAGCCUGUGAGCUACACCGGGACCCCAGCUGCUGAGCAGCUAUCUUCAGAAGCAGUAGACACCCACCAGCCCAUACCAGCAGACCCUAACAUCUCUGAUACAGCCACGACUGUAGCUCAGGACUCCGCUCUGCUGGCAGACAAUGCUGCUACCUACCCCUGCACUGUUCCAGAUGUGUCAUCAUACCUGUAUGACUCAACAUCCGGUUUCUAUUAUGACCCCCAGACGACCCUUUACUAUGACCCCAACUCCAGGUAUUACUACAACGCACAGACACAGCAGUACCUUUACUGGGACAAUGCUCGAAGUAACUACUUUCCAGUACCAAACUCUACAGCCGAGGGUCAGCCGCCUGCCUCCUCCAGCAUCGUCACAACAGUGCCGUCUGCUGAACAGAAAGAGGAAGAAACGACAGCUAAACCUGACAAAAAAGAAAAGGAAAAAGACGACAAGCCAAGAGGCCUCACAGCUCAUAAGAUUGCAAAGGACAUGGAGCGCUGGGCUAAGAUCCAGAACCGGCAGAAGGAGAGCAUUCGUGUGGCCUCCCCGGUCCUGCAGCUACGUGGGAGCAGCGAGGAAAAGAAAACCUCCAAGGCAGCUGACGCAGCCUUCGCCAUCUUCGAGAAGAAGGGCUUAGCAGGGGAAGAUCUUUUUAAGAAGCCCUUUGCCCCAACAAAGAAGGAGAAGGAUGAAGCUGGCACAAAGCAGCAGGUAGGCUCCCUGGGGGUGCUGGUUGCAGAGUAUGGAGGGGAUAGCGAUGAGGAAGAGGACAAGCAAGAGGAGCCCAGGGAAGAGAGGAGCCGGCCGGUGGGGGUGGACAAGCUGACAGACUGGAAGAAGAUGGCCUGCCUACUGUGCCGGAGGCAGUUCCCCAACAAGGAUGCUCUCAUCAGGCACCAGAAGCUCUCUGAGCUCCAUAAGCAAAACAUGGAGAUCCACCAGAAGAUUAAAAGAUCGGAGAGGGAACUGGAAGCUCUUGAGAGGCAAGAGAGGGAGGUGAAUGUGAAUAUGAGCAGCAAAGGUGGGCCCAAUUCCCCUGAAUCCAAACGGAGAAAGUACCAGAGUUCUGUGCCAAAGCAUCCCGAGGCGGUAGAAAAGAGAAGCCGCAUGGGCUUUAAAGAGGAACCGGACAUGACGGAGCCUGUCGAGAAAAAGAGGAAAGGGUCAGGCCGGGGAACUCCUGGCGAUCUGCAGAUGACGGCCAAAUCAUACCGGGAAGCUGUGAGGAAAGCCAUGUUCGCCCGCUACAAGGAACUGGAGUGAACCGUCAAAACCCCUGACUCCUCCACUCAUCAGAUUGAACUGAAGGACGUUUUCUUCAUUUAGCUGAGCACAGCCAGGACGGAACAAGAUUGAACAACCUACUCUAAGCACGUCUAGAGGGAGACACUGUAUUGCUUCACUAAGUAUUUUCUGACACAGACUUUACGUGUUCUUGGUUGCAAUGUUUUUAGCCCCCUCCUCUUUAGAAACAUGGGCACCAUUCCCAUAAGACAUUAUUAAUCAGCAGGUUGUUCAAACACAUUGUAGGGUGGCAAUUGAAUAGGCCAGUGAAGUAUGUUUGCAGUUUCAGACUUGCAUAAGUCUUGUGUAGAUGUCUGCUUGUAUGAAAAAAAGAGACAUCCAAGAUUUGUGGCAUGUCAUGGUUGUCAGUCGGGGGGGUUGGGGUGGGAUUGAGGGCUUUGCAUGGUAGACCAACUAUCAGACUUGGAGCCAGAGUCCAGUGCCACUUCCAAUUGUGCAGCUCAGUCUUUUUAAUAAAUGGUUUGUACAUUUUAUACAUUUUGUCGAGUUGUGUUCUGUAAACUGUAUUGUGUUGAAUUUUUUUUUUUUUAAUGAAAUACAACUGAUAUAGAAAUAA